AUGGCCGGAGGAAUCCUCAUGCAUAGAAGCAAUUUUUUGAAAAGAUGUAUCGAUCUUCUGAAGACUUUGAGUAAUAUUUGGAUGGUGAGAAACACAUUGACGGAAUUAGACGAAGAUGUCACCGGCGGCGAGACUGAUGGCGAUCCAAACACAAGGGUAACAACAUUGACAAACCUACCGGAAGAUGUCACCAGCGAUAUCCUUAUGAGACUGCCGGUAGAAUCACUCUGUCGCGUCCAAUGUGUGUCUAAGACCUCUUUGGACAUAUCUCGCAGCCCCGACUUUGCUACACUGCACAACCUGCAGGCUGCUACGGACGCAUCGCCUAUGCGUGUUACUACAUGGUGUAGUGGUACGUCAGUGUUGCAAGCAUGGCAGUCGUUCAAAUACAACAGCAUAAAGCAAACACUGACAAAAUCGGUACAUGUCUUUCAAAUUGGCUCGAAACAAUAUGACUUCGAAGUAGACUUCGUUUUCUGCAACUUGGUUUUCCUUAAAACAUUAAUAAGACAUGGUUCUGAUGGUUUUGGUCCAUGCUUGUUGGUCAAUCCGCUGAGGGAAGAAGUUCUAGAGCUACCUCUUAGUAACAUCCCAGUUCCAACCACCAAUACUGAUUCAGGGGAUGAUACUGAUUGGUACGGGAUGGGAUAUGAUAAUAUUACUAGCACAUACAAGAUUGUUCAUGUUCGGGCUACUAACAACUGUGCUGUGGCUCAAGUUUUUGUAGUAGGUACAAGCUCAUGGCGACAGAUACCUUUGGCUCCUCCUUUUGAUGAAAGCACUUCUUUUUCAGGCAAGCGCAGCAACAAUGCAAUAUAUGUAGGUGGGCACAUGCAUUGGUUGGUUUACAGAAAAAUAGAAAGCCUUGGUUACAUGAUUUCUUUCAAUUUUAACAGAGAGGAAUUUUGUGCGACUCUUGUUCCCUCCUCUAAUUAUGGGACUUAUGGCGGCUUACAUUUGCUUGAAUUUAGAGGAUCUUUGGCCCUUGUGGAUGUUCAUCGUCCGGAUGUAUAUUAUAAUAUCAAGAUAUGGGUGUUGAAAAGUUAUGACGAUGAGAAAAAAUGGGAGCUACAUCACAAUAUAACAAUGAAAUGCCUCCUUCCAAUAUGGACUAGUUUUCCAGCAUGGUCUACUUUUAGAGAGUUUUGUGCUGAAUGGGAGCAUGGAAUAUGUUUGGCAUCAGAAGAUCAAUGUUACUUUUUGGACCUAAGAAAUCUUUCGAUGAAAAUAGAACAACUCCCCCCAUAUUCUACUCCUGGUUAUUUGCCAUCCAUCUUUUGGACAGGAAAAUGUAGGGACUCCAAUAUCUUCAGCUAUACUGAAAGCCUAAUUUCACUGAAAAAUUAUGGCAGGUUACAGAAGCAAGGCAAGGUGUAUAGCACUAGGAUUCAAGCACUCACUGAGUUUCUUUAUGAUGUCGUAUCACCAGCUGAUAUCCAUCCUGAUGCUGGUCUUGGCGAGGUGGAGAAGGUGGUCCAAUAUGUGUGGGCUCUCCUGAUGUGA